UCCAUUUUUUCCUCUCUCUCUUCAAACCGACUGAUCAUCUCUCUCUCUCUCUCAUGAAUCAUCCAAAUAUGUGAGAACUGAAGCUUGUUGACGCCAUUAAUGGAGAAUUACUGAAGAACUCUUCAACAAGAACAGCAAGAACAACAAGAACAAGAAGAAGAACAAGAGGAGAGAGAAAAAAGGUGUGAGCUUUAAUGGCUUCCUCCAAUAUUAAAACCAGCUCCAUCAGUGAAGAAGAAGAAGAAGCACGACAACUACUCCAUCAUCAUCAUCAUCAACAACAACAACACCAACAACAACAACAUCAGCUUUUGCAAACUCCAAACUUUGUCAUCCCCAAAAAUCCAUCAUCAUUCAGCUUCCAAAAUCAAGACUUUCAUCAUCAUCAAUUACCUUUCUCCAUGAAUCUCCCUUCCAUCUCUCCAAAUUUCAUAAGCAAAGAUGGAGGAGGUGAUGAUUUGGGAGAAUUGGAUCAUGCCCUCUUUCUAUAUCUUGAUGGACAAGAACCCUCCACAAACAUCACCCAACAAGAUCAAAGACAGAGUACGGGGAUGAGGCCGCCGACGUUGAACAUCUUCCCGUCGCAGCCGAUGCACGUCGACCCAUUACCAGCAAAAGCAAACACAGCAUUGGUUAACCAUGGUGAUUCAAAGAUCAAAGCAUCAGAGCCAUCCAAGGAGUUGGCCAACCAACGCAGCGGUGGAGCCACUCCAUCCGGACCACCCCCAAACCCAAACCCAACUACAACAAUCACCGAACCUCAUGCCAAACCUCCAAAACGUGAGGCUAAUAAGAAAGGGCUGACCUCAAGCUCAGAGCAAGAAGGACCCAAAACUCCAGACCCCAAGACUCUUAGAAGGCUGGCUCAGAACCGAGAGGCUGCAAGAAAAAGCAGGCUAAGAAAAAAGGCCUAUGUUCAGCAGUUGGAGCUGAGUAGGAUUAAGCUGACGCAGCUGGAGCAAGAGCUACAAAGAGCAAGAACUCAGGGUAUGCUUGUGGGUGGCGGAGCAGCCAUUUUAGGAGCUGACCAAGGACUUCCCCCCGGUUUCCAUAACCUCAGCUCCGAUGCUGCGGUGUUCGACAUUGAGUAUAGGCGGUGGCAGGAGGAGCACCACCGGCUGAUGUGCGAGCUCCGAGCAGCUGUGCAGGAGCAUUUACCGGAAAACGAGCUCCGAUUAUUUGUCGACAACUGCCUUGUCCACUACGACGAGGUUUUGAACUUGAAAAUGAUGGUGGCUAAGUCCGACGUCUUCCACCUCGUCUCCGGCAUGUGGAAGACGCCGGCGGAGAGAUGCUUCCUGUGGAUGGGCGAUUUUAGGCCAUCUGAACUCCUUAAGAUAGUAAUGGGUGAAAUAGAGCCAUUAACUGAGCAUCAAAUAUUGAACAUUUGUGGAUUGCAACAAUCCACACAAGAGAGCGAAGAGGCAUUGUCUGAAGGCCUUGAAGCCCUUAACCAAUCCUUAUCAGACACCAUCGCCGCUGAUUCAUUGAGCAACCCUCCCAAUAUGGCUAACUACAUGGGCCAGAUGACCUUAGCCAUCAACAAGCUCUCGACCCUCGAAGGCUUUGUACGACAGGCAGAUCAUUUGAGACAUCAAACCAUUCAUCGAUUGCAUCAAAUGUUGACGACCCGACAAGCUGCACGAUGUCUGCUAGCCAUUGCGGAGUAUUUUCAUCGGCUUCGAGCUCUUAGUUCCUUGUGGUUAGCUCGACCGAGGCAGGAUUGACUCGGAAGUAUACCUUACGACAAAAUCUUAACUUCUUCCCUUUUAGUUCUUGAAGCUCUCUCUAAGAUAUAGCUAUAGAACAUGAGAUAUAGAUAAAUAAAAUAGUUGUUGAUGAACCAUUUUGUGUCACUAAUUAUAAAUAUACAAAGCAAAUAGGUCUUUGAUUCCUCAA